AUGAAGCUCCAGACCAAAGACUAUGUGCGACUUAUACUGGAACUGGCCGAAGAAGAUCCUAUCACAAUCAUCAUCGAUGGUCUCGAUGGUAUCGAUGAUGAUAAUAGAUAUACGCUCGUCAAGGCCCUCGAUGAUAUGGUCUCCCAGGCCGACAAUGUGGUGAAGAUUUUCGUCACGAGCAGAAGCUCUAACCGCGUCGCCAUGAAACCAACAGCCGCUUUCAAAAUCCAAAUCACUCCUGAGUCGACGAGACAAGACAUGGAGGCUUUUAUGAGGCAUCAAAUUGACGCCGCGCUGGCAGCCAAAUUGCUGCUCGGGGGAGUUGUCAGCUUCGACACCCGCAAGGUUUUGGAGGAAGCACUACUUGAAGGUGCCGGUGAGAUGCUUCUCUGGGUCAAACUCUACAUGGAGCGAAUAUGUCAUGAAACAGUUGAGGAUGAUGUCCUCUCCGCUCUCCGCGAUAGACUCCCCGAGAGCAUAGACCAGCUUUAUCAAGGCUCACUUGACCGCAUAUCGCGAGCCCGGAAUAAAGCCCGUGACCUUGCAAUGAAGGCCUUGUCGUGGGUACUGCACAUGAGAGAACCCCUGACCCCACCGGCUUUUUUUGGCGGCGCUGGAAUCUGA